CCAGCAGGAUCGGCGCAAGCGCCAUCUUCUUGCUAUUUAUAGCGGGACCAGCGGGCGGAGGGCGCGGCCACGACAACAGCGAGACAGGGGCCGGGCUGCCCCUGCACAGCCUCGCCUCGCCGCCGCGCUCUGCCCUGCGCUGAGCCAGCCCAGCCACAGGUGCGCCUCCUGACUGCACGCUCCUGAGAUGGCAGAUGGCAGGCGCCAUCCUCAGCCCGGGGACCUGAUCGAGGUCUCCCGGCCAGUCUACCAGCACUGGGCCCUCUACAUGGGGGAUGGAUAUGUCAUCAACGUGACACCCGUAGAUGAAGGAGCCCCAUCCCUGUUGGUGAGCACCACAUCAGUAUUUACCAGAAAGGCCAAGGUGAAGAAGCAGCUCUUGAAGGAGGUGGUGGGAGAUGAUAAAUGGCAUGUCAACAACAAGUAUGACCGCUCCCACACUCCUCGUCCUGUGGGGGAGAUCAUCCGGCUUGCUGAGUCCUGGAUUGACAGGGAGGUGCCAUAUGAUGUGCUUGCCAACAACUGUGAGCACUUUGUGACAAUGCUUCGCUAUGGAGAGGGAGUCUCUGACCAGGUCAGAAAAGUAGUUAUUGGUGCUACAGCAGCCGUAGGAGGUAUCAUUCUUGCUGGUCUUGCCACUGCUGUUGUGAAGAGCUUGUAUGGGGAUUCAUCCAAGAGAGAGAGAAAGUACCACUGAUGGGCUGCCUGGAAGAGCUCAGAGCAAGGCAGUGGGAGACCCUGGCAACAGCAGUUGCUGGUCAGCUAUUGCUACGCCUGCCAUCAAGGCUGAUUAGCAACUCUGCCAUCCUUGCUGUAAACAUUAAAUAUGCCUUAAUAAAAUGUCAGAAACCCAAAAAACUUUAAUUGCCCUCAAAUCCUCUUUUAUCUGAGCACAACUUUGUAUCCAAGUUCCACUGUUUAGCCUGCUUUUCCCUGCUAUCUCAUUAAGAAAUAAAAAGUCAUGAUUGGCACCAUUUCAGGUGACCUCCAGCAGCACAA